AGAACCCACAUCCGUAAACACACACGCACACAGCAAGUCCCACCAGGGCCAGCACCUCCCGCCUGUGAGUAAAGCAGCUGUCCCAGGCAGCAGUGCUCAGAGAGCCCCUCUCAUCUCCGAGAAUAAACUCUGAAGCCAGCGGCUGUGCGGACCUGAAUCAUCAGGGAGCCUGUCGGGGCAGGGGGAGUGACGUCCCAGGACGGGCAGGCAGGCUAUAUAAGCUCCAGAGGGCUGGGCCCGCUCAGAUCUCUUCCCCAGCCACUGCCUGCCAGAGAGUCGCCUUUGCAGAGCCAGCACGCACCAUGUCCCAGGCUGACACUCAGGAAGCCCCCAUCAAGAAGAAGCGCCCCCCUGUGAAGGAGGAGGACCUAAAGGGGGCCCGAGGGAGCCUGGCCAGGAACCAGGAGAUCAAGUCCAAGACCUACCAGGUCAUGCGGGAGUGUGAGCAAGCUGGCUCGGCCGCCCCGUCGGUGUUCAGCCGCUCCCGCACGGGCACAGAGACUGUCUUCGAGAAGCCCAAAGCGGGACCUGCCAAGAGUGUCUUUGGCUGAGAAGUGCGUGCCACGCCCCUCGCCACCCAAGCACCUAGACACAGCAGCCUUUCCCAAGAACUCUUUUUUUAUGCCAGAACACCCCUUCUCCCCUGCCGGCUCUGGGCUGCCGCCCUCCCCUCCAGCUCUGCACCAGCACCAAUAAAGAGGAUGCCCAAGUGCCCCAGCC